GACGUCGUCAAGACGAUGAACAUACAAGUUUGCUGAGACUGUGAAAAAAACGUAAGUUAAAACAAAAAAGAUAUGCUUCGGCCAUUGCUCGAACAAAAUGAAUAUUGAACCGGAAUUAAAGAAGAGAAAAAUGGAUCACCAUGUUAGUGGCGACGACAAUACUCAAGAAUCAGCGCAAGUUAGCGGCGUGUUAGCUUCUAAAACUCUUCUUCGAGCGCCAACAGCUUCCCCUAGCGGCGACUUCCAGAAUACGAGCGUUCAUCAAUAUGUAGCACUUGUUGCGGGGGAAGGAAGCGACACGGAUGUUACCCCGCCACAAAGCUACGAUAUUUAUAAAAGUUCUUGCGACUUUGGAGACGCCUGGUCCCACAGGUAUCCGGUUCCUCUCAGCAAGUACCCACAGCGUCCAAUCCGCACCGGGAAUUUGUACUACGACGGUAUCAUAGUUGACCUCGAACUCCUUGGCUACAAACCAUUGCAAGUCGUGGCUAAAGCUCGAUCUGGCACCGUGAUUAUGGCACAGAAUUUACACAAACUGCAACAUUUCCAGGAGUGCGAGACGGUGCCUGUAGCGUUGAAGCUGAACAGCGGCAAACCUCGCCGGAACAGGUCUCCGUCCAAGACGGACAUGUUGGAUGAAAUGACAAUUCACCGCCAACUCAAUCAUCCCAACAUUGUUGCCUGGAUCAGUAACAUCAGCUAUCACGGAAGAGUCGGGACAGUGAUGGAGUUCUGCGAAAACGGAAACUUAGAACAGCUCCUAAAACUUCAGGAAGCGAGAUUCUUGCCGGAGACAGUUGCUCAACGUUAUUUCAAGCAGAUUCAUUCAGCCGUAGACUAUAUUCACAGUCAAGGGUAUGCCCACCGUGAUAUAUGUCCCCAGAAUGUGCUCAUCUCUCAGAACAACGUAACCAAGCUCUGUGACUUUGGUCACGCUGUUAAAUUCUCGCCUUCCGAUCCACUCUGCGAGGAUGACUGCGGGUCACUCGGUUAUCAAGCACCACAAAUCUUGGAAAAAUCAGCGUUUAACCCUAAGCAGGCGGAUAUUUGGUCUCUUGGCGCCCUGCUCUAUUCCGUCUGCACAGGUCAUACCCCUCUGGGAACAAUUCGUGGUGACAUCAUCGAAAACGCAUCCAAGGAGAUUCGCUUUCCAGACGCUAAACUUAUUGCACUUACCAAGGAGUUAAAAGGUCUAACAAAGGGCAUGCUUGCGUACAAACCAGAGACAAGGUUCACUAUGAACAGGAUAACCCAUUCUGCCUGGAUCAACAUGACCUACUCACAUGUACAGAUUGGCGGGUUUUAUCGCGUGCGCCAACCACAGAAGACCAACGAGGGCUCCCUUGAACGUCAAGUUAAAAACAAGCUCAAAAUCUAAACAUUCUAUUUCCAUAUGAAGUCAGGCCAUUGCAUAUCUUAUAAUUGUUUUAGCUUACAUUUCUUUUACAUUUUUUUCAAACGUAUUUAAAAUAAAAUGUGUUUUUUUUUUACUUGCAGCAACUACUCCAUAUAUGUCAGUGUAUUUUAUUGAAUUAAACAGAAUUUUGUAAUCUUGA